AUGUUCGGAGCCCUCCGCCCUUCAUCGGUCCUCAACGGCGGCCUGCUCUGGAAGGUGCCGUAUCGCCUGUCCAACACCCGCAAGGCAAACCUCCGGCAGCGCCUGAAGCGUGUCGACUCGGUUAUUGCCGCUGUGGCCGAGAGCGGCGUCGAGUGCCGCGCGCUCACUAAAGCUCUUGAGCUGCCAAAGGAGAGCGAGAUGCUUGCCAAGGACAAGUACACAACCUACGACCCCAAGUACCAGCAGCACAAGUGGCGCAAGGGCGUCCACAAGGUGCCCAAGUGGACCAAGGGUUUCUAG